AUGGCCCCCCGAUUUUGGACUGCGCUUUGGGCGCUUACUGUCGGUCAGGCUGUGAUCGCUGCGCCACAGAUCGCCUUGGCACCUCGCGCAACGGGUAGUCUGGAUACCUGGUUGGCAGCUGAGACAACAGUCGCCAGACAAGGUAUCCUGAACAACAUCGGUUCAGCUGGCGCGUAUUCCGCGAGCGCCAAGCCGGGAAUUGUGAUCGCCAGUCCGAGUACCUCCAGUCCGGAUUAUUACUAUACUUGGACUCGCGACUCGGCUCUGGUGUUCAAGACCUUGGUGGAUUUGUUUAAGAAUGGUGACACUGCGCUCCUUGAUGUGAUCGAAGAAUAUAUUAGCGCACAGGCCUAUAUUCAAACCGUCUCCAACCCUUCCGGUGGCCUAUCCAGUGGUGGAUUGGGCGAACCCAAGUUCAACGUUGAUGAGACUGCUUUCACUGGCUCUUGGGGACGCCCACAGCGUGAUGGGCCGGCUCUGCGUGCAACCGCCCUGAUAUCAUUUGGAGAAUGGCUGAUUGACAAUGGAUACACUACCUAUGCGACCAGCAUUGUUUGGCCAAUCGUACGCAACGAUCUCUCUUACGUUGCUCAGUACUGGAAUCAAACUGGAUAUGAUCUCUGGGAAGAAGUCUCCGGCUCCUCUUUCUUCACCAUUGCGGCUCAGCAUCGUGCCUUGGUUGAAGGUAGCACUUUUGCUAGUAAAGUUGGUGCCUCGUGUUCAUACUGCGAUUCUCAGGCGCCCCAGGUGCUGUGCUUCUUGCAAUCUUUCUGGACUGGCUCUUACACAUUGGCCAACUUUGGCGGUGGCCGCUCUGGUAAAGAUGCAAACACCCUCCUUGGAAGUAUUCACACAUUUGACCCCGAAGCUGGUUGCGAUGACACUACAUUCCAACCUUGCUCAGCCCGAGCCUUGGCGAACCACAAGGCAGUGACCGACUCUUUCCGGUCGGUAUACACCAUCAACUCUGGUAUUGCUGCGGGUAAGGCUGUCUCUGUUGGCCGUUACUCCGAGGAUUCUUACUACAAUGGAAACCCUUGGUAUUUGUGUACUCUUGCUGCAGCUGAGCAGCUGUACGACGCUCUCUACACUUGGAACCGGAUUGGCUCAUUGACUAUCACUUCUGUCUCCUUGAGCUUUUUCACGGAUUUGUAUAGUUCCGCCGCUGUUGGCACUUACUCCUCAUCUAGCGCUGCAUACUCUUCGAUCGUUAGUGCGGUUAAGACCUAUGCCGACGGCUACGUCAGCAUUGUGGAAAGCUAUGCCUUGACGAAUGGCUCCAUGUCCGAGCAAUUUUCCAAGUCGGAUGGCUCUCAACUCUCGGCCCGUGACUUGACUUGGUCAUACGCAGCUUUGCUCACUGCGAACGAGCGCCGAAAUGGGGUCGUCCCCGCACCAUGGGGCGAGACAGCUGCCAGCAGUGUCCCGGCUCAGUGCAGUUCCACCUCUGCUACUGGAACCUUCAGCACUGCUACCAACACCGCCUGGCCAUCGACUCUGACAAGCGGAACGGGGAGCGGAACCACCACAACCGGCACCGGAACUACCACAAAGGCAACUACCACCACAUCUACCAAGACCACUUCGACUACUACUUCAUGCUCCACCCCCACUGCGGUGGCAGUGACAUUUGAUGUGAUUGCUACGACUGUUUAUGGCGAAAACAUCAAGCUCGCUGGAUCCAUCUCCCAGCUUGGCUCAUGGGAUACUAGCAGCGCUAUCGCUCUCAGUGCUUCCUCUUAUACUACCAGCAACCAUUUGUGGUAUGUGACGGUGACACUUCCCGCUGGCUCUACCUUCACCUAUAAGUAUAUUCGGGUUGAGAGUGACGGGUCAAUUCAGUGGGAGAGUGAUCCGAACCUGUCAUACACAGUUCCUCAAACCUGUGGUACUUCGGCUGUCACGAUCAGCGAUACUUGGAGAUGA